AUGGCCACCUCAGCAUCCUGGCUGACCAGGAAACUGUUCCCCUCCAAAAUGAGCAAAUGGCUGGGGCUUGCUUGUUUCCGGUCACCCACGGUCUCUCCCAACACUCGCCAGAAGAAAUUAAUCCAGAAACUGCAGGAGGAAAAAGCUUUUCGGGACGAGAUGAAAACUUUCCGUGAAAAAAUCGAGGCGUUUAGGGAAGAGAUGUGGCAUUUCCGAGGCAAGAUCCACACAUUCCGAGGUCAGAUCUUGGGCUUUUGGGAGGAGGAGAGACCUUUCUGGGAAGAGGAGAAAACCUUCUGGAGAGAGGAAAAGACCUUUUGGGAAAUGGAAAAAUCUUUCCGAGAAGAGGAGAAAGCCUUUUGGAAGAAGUACCGCACCUUCUGGAAGGAGGACAAGGCCUUCUGGAAGGAGGACAAUGCCCUGUGGGAGAGAGACCGGAACCUUCUGCAGGAGGACAAGGCCCUGUGGGAAGAAGAAAAGGCCCUGUGGACGGAGGAACGAGCCCUCCUGGAGGAGGAGAAGGCUCUGUGGGAGGACAAGAAAUCCCUCUGGGAAGAAGAGAAUGCCCUUUGGGAGGAGGAGAAAGCCGUCUGGGCAGAAGGUGGUGCCCACAUUGCCGAGUUCCUGGAAGAAAGGCCCUACUAUGUGGACGGAAGGCUGCUAUCACUACCCUUCUCCCGAGGCAGGGCAUGA